CCCCGCCAAAGGAUAGUAACCUGCUCCGUUUCAUCCCAGUGGUUUCAUUCCCUGUGUCUCUGGUGUUGAGCUCCUGCAACCAUCCACCCAGAUUUCCACACAGCAAAGCCCCACUGAGUCCAUCGCCCUUUCCAGUCAGGCCGGUUUUUGAAGACGCUCGACUGCAGUUUAUCCUACUGAUGAAGAUGUUGUUGGUUCUUUGUGUGACAGCCGUGCUUCUGGGCUUCGUUAGAGGAAAACCACUCCAUCUUCAGCCUUCUGACAACAAAACAGACUCCUGUAACUCUUCUGCACUGGUCAUCAAGAUGAACAGGUGCCAGACAGCACCACUGUCGGAUGCUGGCCAGAUGCUGCUGGAGGAAUUUAACCUGGAGCGAGUGCCACAGGUGUCUCUCUCUGCGAUGAAGCAGCUGAGAGAGCACUGGAAGGCCACUUUCAGAUCCCUCCGCCGCAGUACGCCAGCUGACGGUCCAGGGACCAGCACCACCUCCAUUCCGCAAUCCCUUGGAAGCAAUGAAAUCACCAACAACACAGGGCAACACUGCUGCGAACUGGCUUACGAGAUCUUUAUCAAAGAUCUGGGCUGGGAUAACUGGGUUGUAUACCCUGAGAGCUUCACCUACAUCCAGUGCAGAAUGUGCACUGCAAACAGAGAGUCCACGUCCCCAUCCUGCCCCAUACAGGACUCAUCUCCGUCACACACACCUUCACAGGUGCCGUCCUGCCAGCCGUCCUCCCACCGUCUGCUUCCAUUUCUCUACCUGGAUGAGUUUGACACGCUGGUCAUCUCCUCAGUGCGUCUGGCCCAAGAGUGUCGCUGCCGCUCAGUCUAAGACGAACUCCAGACUCCACGAGCACACGCACAGCUUACAGCGGCUUUGUCUAGAGCUCACAGCCACGUCCUGCCCUAACUGCCGCCCGCAGGCUGAGUCUCAGCUCUCUAAGGGAUCCACACGUCGCACUGAAUCGUAACCCAUCAAUUUGGCUUGAGAGCUUAACUGAUCUGUUGGCACAAACAUUUACCAAACCACUGCAGAUUUUUAUCAUUAAAAACAUUCUUAGUAAUUGAUUUUUUAUUCAACUGGAACAGAAAACCUGAAACAAAUAAAUCAUCUAACCUUCUGAACCCACUUUAUGUGCAUGACAUUUUGUCCGUAAAUGGAAAACGUUUUCCUGCAGAAUAACGGCGGUUCUGGAGGCCCUUGUCAAAAGACAUAAAAAAGUGGUUCCCGAUGUUCCCAACAAGAAUGUAAGCUCUUUUCUUGCCAAAUCUUAAAAAAGACUUAAGGCAUUUGUUGUUGUACUAUCACAUACCUCAAAGCUGCAGCCUGAAUGUAGAUCAUUUCAUUCCAAGUACUACAUCUUUCAGAAAAUAUCGAGUUGAUAUCGUUUAACCUUAUUCCCCAGGCUGCAGCUGCCCAGUGAUUUUCCAUGAAUUUACUGGCAUUGUUCGCUGCUGAACGAAUCGUUUUCUACUAUUAUCCAAGGUAAACUAUUGCAAUUACGUUAACUAUAAUUCAAGGGCUUAAAUGAUAAAUCUUACACAUUUUUCCUGGUGUGAAACUGAAACUUUGUUUUUUUUCGUAAUAUUAAAUAUAAUUUAUCAAUACGCAUUCUCCUGAACAAUUAAGAGAAUUGCAAACCUAAACGGUGUAAUUACGUCUUCACUGCCACUUCAUACUCAGGUUUGAAAAUGGUCAGCGUCUAUUAUUGUAUUAGAUAUAGUUACAGUAUCUCAUUAGCAAUUCAAGUAGCGUAUUAAAAAGUGACAGAUUGCUUAGGUUAGCCUGCUUCAAUUUUAAACUAGUUAGAAAGUGGUGUUCCAGAUUUGUUGGAAGUGCCUAUAGCUACUGUCUGCGGCACCCCAACCGUGGAGUUAGAUAUACAAAUGCAUGUUCUUUUGCUAAAAUGUAUCCAAAUAAACAGUAAUCUUUCAAGAGAGUAAUACAGUACACGCUAUAUUCGUAAAUUAUCUUACGCUAUGCUAUAUAUAUAUAUAAUGCUCCACUUUAUGCGUUUGGUUGAUGUGCUUCAUUCGAACUAAAUAAAAACUCUGUUACAAACUAUUA